AUGACCAAUAUACACUUGUUCGUCUCACUCUUGCUCGUGACAACUAUAUCUCAUGCUGGUAAGUCAUAUUCCAACUUGUUAUAACCCUGUCCCUUGUUCACCUCCCCCUCAUCCCCCCCCCCCCCCCCCUCCCAAAAAAAGGAAUUUGCAUAACAUUGUUCAGAGCAUUUACACAUGACGUCAAGGUAGUUGAACGCUUUCUUUUGUCCCAAUAAUUUUGCAUUGAUACUAACCAUGUGAGUGAAAGGGCUUUAUCAUAGUCGUCCCAAGAGAAAUUGAAGACAAUGCCUAAAUUGUAUGAUGGGCAAUGUGAAAAUGGUGAAUUCUCUGCAUUCUUUAUUCGAUUUUGCAUCCGAACUUCACAUAUGAUCAGUAUGAUUUCACUCCAGAGAUAAAACCUGCGUUAGAAUAUACAAUGGCUUACAAAUAGACUCUAUCUAAGCGUUAAAAAGGCUAGAAAAAACAAAAUUUACAACUAGUAUUAUUAAAAACUAUAGCCUAGAACAAAGAAAAGGCUAUUAAAAACAAAAAUUUACAACUGUUUAGAAAUAAUUAAAAAUUUAAAUAUAGAAAAGGUGAAUAAAAAACGGAUGUGUGGUAGACUACCAGCUGCCGGGCAGAAAACAGAUUUUUCAAUGUGCUCUUUCUGAGUACUUGGACCUGGUGUUGUUUAUGAAACCGACUUGUACCUAUCCCUUCUCCAUUUGAAACAAGGAGAUCGCAGAAAUGUAUCGUUAGAGACAAAGAUCACUUUAUUAAUUUUAAUUUGUUCAUUUUUCUCUAGCUUUACAUUGCCCUCAUGGUUGGACUGAGUUUCAACGUUCUUGCUACAAGGUGAUGAAGGAAAUUGAACAUUCCAAGAUAUCUGGCGGCUGGUUAAAAGCGUCACGCGCAUGUAUGGGGUAUGGAGGUUAUCUUGUUAGCAUGACAAGUGAAACGGAAAAGGAAUUUGUUCAUAAUCUGUUGCCUUCGAAAUCUGCUUGGAUUGGGUUGGUUCAUUGGCUUCCGAAGGGUAUAUACAAAUGGAGCGAUGGAAGUUCUUUUAAUCAUUCUUUAUCCGUCGAGUGGUAUGGAAACACAACAAGUAAGCUUAAUGGCAAUGAGACCAAAUGUGUGGAACUAUUGAGAAAUGGCUGGAACCUUACUGAAUGUUGCAAGAAGACCGAGUACUACAUCUGUGAGAGACUGAAAGGUGAGUUGCUUCUAAAUACGUAAAGAAAGUAACCAGGCCCAUAUACGAGGGACAACAAUGCCAAGAAAUGUUUGCCAAAAGGAUUAUACAAAGCCAAAUUAACUGCUCCGCUACAAUAAUGAAUUCGUUGAUGCUUGCAAAAUUCGGUAUUAAUGCAACUUUUGUAAAGUUUUUUUGACUAAACAAAAUUCGCGUUUAUAUGCUUUUGCAAUGCUCAAAUAUUUCAUCCAAUUUUCAGCCAAUGCGAAGUACUGUUCUACCGUGCUGGAUAAAAACGUUUCAACAUGUUCGCUUAGAGCCUGAGCUAUUGCUCUGGUUGCCUGAAUUUCAGCCGUCUUCUCGAGUUGCAAACUCCCGAAAGAGAUCCUUCUCCCUGUCUCGAACCCUGCUGCCUCUCUCUUCCUCAGAGGCUCCAAUAGAAAGCGCGCGGGGACGAUGGGAUGGGUGCGCUCUCUCUUUUUGUUUCUCCCCAGCCUCGAGGCCUCCACGGAGGAGAGAGCCCUGCUAAUGAGGGAGACUUGAGAAAACGGCUAAAAUUCAUGUAGACUGCGAGCAGUCUCUCUUUUUCUUCAGGGCCGAGUUUUUCAAAGCUGGGUUAAGAUAACCCAGGGUUAGUGCUAGAUUUGAAUUCAGAUUUGAACGCUUAAAAAGCAUUUCAGUUUUAAUUCUUUUUGUCUACAAGUUGAUGAUUAGAAGCUCGACUCUAAUUUAGAACAACAGAGAAAAUUAUCCGGGAAAAUGCUUUUGAACAUAAGAAAAAAAAACCUGGUUAAAUUUAACCCCGGGUUAAGCGCUAAUCGGCCUUCGAACAACUGGACCCAGAUUUAGUAUGGGGAGUGCACAUGUGCAAGCGUUGAGUGUCGAAGCCGCAAGAGAAGCGGGAAACGAGGGCGGCAGCCCGAAAAGAAAAAAGUCGUACCUCUCCCGUCUCUCACCUUCAGUCAUGCGCGUGGUGUUACGGCGUGUCUCAGGCGUUUUGCUCGACGGACCAAGAAAAAAGAGAGACUGCUAGUAGUCUAAAAUUCAUGCAAGCUCUGACGCCAGUUGUUCAAAAAUUAACUAACGCUAUCCUAUGGAUGAUUCUCUAUCCGAUGGCAGGAGCCGAUUACUUGCCGAUGGAUAGUGUGACUGGUUGAGUUAUCGACUACAUAGUUACAAAUUUUAUUAGGAAUAGGAUGAUAAGGAUCUAUGAGAAAGAUGUUUUUUCAUUCGUAACAAAGGCGGCUCGAAAGAAAAAAAAAUCUGAGUACUUCAAAAUGUGGUAGAACCUAUGAGCUUCUGGUUGCUAGUACAGAUGCUCUACCACUGAGCUACAGGAUACUCGUGAGUGCUAAGGUCACUAAACUAGGGUCAUGUGACAAACCAGGGACACUCAACGAAUGUUUUCUGCAAAAUGUCUCCUUCAGAGGAACAAAUAUUGCCUAAAGUUUUCUGUUACUUGGGGACGGCUAAAAAUUUCUAGAUGAACGUUCCAUUCAUGAACAAUUUUCGAAGCUUGUCCAUUAAAUUGCCUAAGAUUUUCUUACGUUAAUUUUUUCACAUUUCACUCCCCAGGCUAGGCUAUUUUUCGUAGAAAAAAAACCCUACAAUUUCGGAUGUAAAAUGUGAUGGGGAGAGUAAUCAGAAAAACUAUAACUCUUGUUAUACGUUGAAUAGCUUUUAAAAUUUUCGGGAAAAUAAUAUACUGAAGCCCUUGUAAUUUGGAAAGAUUCACAUUCCCCUGGGAUGAUCGAAAAGAUAAAAAUUUUUAUAGCGCCACUUAGGGUCUGUUUACAUGGUGUGGGGGACCCCGGUCUAGUGGGGUUGGUUUCUUUUGUUUUCACACUCUGGGGCACACAAAACAAAAGAAACCUACCCCACUAAACCGGGGUCCCCCACUCCAUGUAAACAGGGCCUUAGAAUGCACUUAUAAAGGUCUAAAAGUGUUCUGGAUAGCCAAAAAGUGUUGUCAAAUGUAUUUAGGAGGAAACUGUCGUUGGGUGCCCCUGACAAACAUCCUGCAUACUUCAAGGACCGUAAUCUCGAUAUGUGCUUAAACGCAAUGAUGGAUAUGUGACGGUGCAUUUUAAGCCUGGUGAAAUAAGAAAGAUAUUUUUCAGUCACUAGGGGACACAGGCGGCUCUGAAAAUUAAACGACAUUCAUUUGAAACCGUUAUAUUUAAUUUGUCCCAUCCAUUAGGUCCACUGAGUUGCCCGCCUGAUCCUGAUGAAGGACAUCUGAAUGGAUUAUCUUGCUACUAUAAGCACAGCACUUUAAAAACAUGGGAAGAUGCAAAAAAGGACUGCAUUGCUUCUGGAAGCAAUUUGAUGAAAAUUAAUAGUACUGUAAACAAAACUGACACGGGAUUCCUGACCCGCCUAUUGGACACUAUUAAUUUCAAAGAGGUAGCUGAAUUAAGUAAGAGUGACCAAAAAACAGGUAGCAUCAUGAAAUAAAUAUGGAUAUAAAAAAUAUAGUAUUUAUCAAUUACUGAAUAAAGCUGAGUAUGAUAACAACAAUUACGCAGAUCGAGGAUGGCUAUGACCCUGAUUGAAUUGGUUGGUUUUUUCCUAUAUCUCGCAAAUAUGGCAGGCUUCUGCUAAUUAUGAGAAAAUACACAGGAAAUUGAUCAGCCAAUCAGAAACGGCGCAAAAUUUUGUAGAGAUACUCAAUGCCUCUAAAUCUUUACCUGUUAGCAUACCCUACUGAGAACCUAUACACGUAGAGGGUAGAGGGACGCCUUAUGACAUAUUAUAAUCAAUCACAGACUAACUAGCGUGAAUGUGGACUCAACAGGUCCUAGACAAGCUUCACAUGAUGUUCUAGGACUGCUCAUCGCUGUUAUCAGGCCCUAUUUAUUCAAAAGGUGCUUUGCCUAUAGUUAUUCACCUUUUGAAAAAUUAGACCCAGCCAGGGGACAAUGAAACGUCGGUGGCUCAUGGGAAAGAAACGGAAAGAACUAUAGUUAGUACAUCAUCAUCAUCAUCAUCAUCAUCAUCAUCAUCAUCAUCAUCAUCAUCAUCAUCAUCAUCAUCACUAUCACUGAUAUCAUUCGUUAGUUGCUGUUUUGCUUUUUUAUUUUAAAGGACAUUUGGAUCGACCAAGGAAACAAAUCUAAACUAUGUGGCAUAAUCUCGAAGACAGAUAAUAGAAAGACAGACCGUGACUGUGGCCAAAGGCAUGCUUAUCUUUGUGAAAAGCGCGUCCCAGGUGUGAUUUCAUUAUGGUGGCACACUUCCAUUUGAAGACUAGGAAGUAGCUUUAAUUUAAAACAAAUGAAGAAAGUAGGGUCUCCUUAUCAUUAUUUUUAUAUAAACUUUCAUCUCGGCUUUUUACGCCGGUCAAAAACUGCACAAAACCAAAAAGUAUCUCAGACCCUGCUCGGAUCAAAAGAAGAAAACACAGGUCUGUUGCCUAUGUUUCUUAUUAUAAAAAUUCCUUUUCAAACAAUAAGUAACCUUGGUAUCCAAGGGUACUUGCUAAAAUGGCCUAUAUGGGGAGGCUCCGCCAGAAAGGGGUGCCUUUUUCAGGCUUAAGGUAUAUUAAAGGGUAGGGGUUACUCUUAUAAACAGGGCUUCUGAUAUUUCGCGCGGUCGCAGAGCCGCGAAAUUCAGGUAAGUCCGCGAAAUCCCGCGAAAUUCACAAAAACACGAAAAAUUCCGCAAAAUUCGGUAGAAAUCUUAUCAAAUACAUGUCUGUACAACAUAUUUGAAACUUAUUUCAGCUAUAGGGGCUAUUUACUUGCCGUAAACUUGCAAAUUCAUCUUGGAACUUCGUCACUGAAACGUGCAAACAAUGUCCCGAAACUACCAGGCGUAAAUUAUGUUGCGAAAAACUGGGCACUAGCCAUGAUGUUAAAGGCUUUGCCAUUGGCUCAUUUCUCGAGCGUAUUGUUGUUGAAAGAGCAAAUGAUAACCUCUCUUAGGAAAACGUUAAAAAUGCUGGUCUGAUCAGUGCAAAACUGAUCAAUUUGUAGCGAAAUUUGCCCCGAAAAUAAUCACAAAAUAAGCCGUUUUUUACCGAUUCCUUUUGGUGAAAAUUUGCCCCGAAAACUCCCCCGAAAUUCCCGCGAAAUCGGCCGAUUUUUCCGCGAAUUUGUCUCUAAAAUUCCAGCGAAAGUUGACUUUUUUUUCUGCGACCUAUCAGAAGCCCUGUAUAAAGUAUAUAAAAGGUUCGGGAAAUCUGUCAUCGCGGUCCCAGGCGCUUUCUAUGGCUGUGAAAAACAUAAGAAAACUGUCUGGUUUAGCGACUUGUUCAUAGCUUAAAGACGGUACAUUUACAGCAGUUAAAAAAGAUGCAGCUUUCUGAAUUGGUGUGUAGAAGGGGUGCCAUUUGUCAAUUAAAGGUAUGCGAAAAGGGUCAGUUUUUUUGUCAAAAACUGGUAUAUAAAAGGGUAAGGAGUUGGACCUCGGGGCGGAGCCUCCCCCCUAUAAAAUUUUGUUGAGUACUUUCCCCUCUUACUUACGUACUUUCCCCUCCCCUCCCCACGCCUUGGUAAUGUGUUAAAGUCUUUAGUCCAGAAUUAAAAAACGUUGCUUUUUCCUUUAGGUAAAGUUUGUCAUAAUAAGUGCCCAGGGAAAAUGUCAUCUGUUCCCACUGAAGUCGAUUGCUCAUUUCCAAAAAGUCUCUGUUUUAAGUACAGUAAUAAGAGCGCGAAAGAUGGACAAUUCACCGAACAAGGGUGUAUAUCAGCUGAACUAUGCAGACAACUUGACAACCGAAAAGGCUUGGAAUGUUGCCAUGGUGAUUUGUGUAAUACAGGUGAGGCGGGAAAGGCUGAUCAAAAUCGAAGCUCUAAUUACAGUUUGGAUGCAGUGCUCAGUACAUAAAACCCUAUUCAGUUUGACCUCGCGUUCGGUUGUUCUGGAACCGACUGGCAACAAUAAUGUUCAUGAUAAAGUUUAAAGCGCACUCUGGUUGGUCGAUAAAGCGUGCUUUAUGAGAGCCUAAAACCCAGGGCUAAAGCUGUCAAGCCCUGCCAAUAUAGUUUGUUUUACGUCUCAUGUUCCCCUUACACAUCUUUUGUGCUCUUUACGCUUCCUGAGUGCUUUACAACAGAGCAAAGCACAAUCAAAGCUACUUUAUUUGUUAAGUACAGUAAUGGAUGAUUUUAAAUUGUUUUUGGCAAAUCAGCAGUGUAUAUAUCAAAUACAAAAAAUUUCUGGUAUUAGAGAAGUUAAGAGACGUGAUUAGGUGAUAUGACAUAUAGGUUACGUCAUCCCUCUGAUUAAUGGCCGAGUCAUCGUCUUGAUGACUUUCAUCAUGUUUAGAAAAGUUUGAAACCAGGACUAAAUUGAAUCAAAAUCAAUAGAUAGAUACCAAAAUGAUUGAAAGUUUUUGAAUUGACCACCAGGGAAAUAUUACACUGAUUUUCACUAUGUAGUUAUCAGUAUUUAUUUAUUUUAUCAUGAUAUUUAUCAAUGAUCUACGACAUAUAAAAAAGUUCUUAAAAUGAAAAUAAAAAGUCCCCGAAUGUUAUCCUUUCUUAAAGGGAAAUAGCAUAUUUUUAUCAGUAAAAGUGGCUAGGGUUAGUGAUUUCGGCGCAAAUUUCUAGGUCUAAUUGUUCGAAAUUGUUAUUUUUCUCCGUUUCAGUAAUAUCCUGCUAUCGAUGUGAAAACAAUUCAUCUCUUGAUGAAUGCCAAAAAAACCAAGACAACGUAGAUUGCCCCAUACCUGUUCACUACUGCGCAAAAACUAAGUAUCAAUGGAUAACAAGAGAGGGCAAAAUACAAGCGACUUAUCGCUACGGAUGUGUUACCAAAGAUCAGUGUGAUGCGACCUGUGAAAAGAUUGUAGAUUGCUGCAAAGGUGACAAGUGUAAUACAAGUAAGAAGAAAUUAUUUUUUAUCUUAGAAGCAAGAAUCGCCGAAAGGAAAUUUUUAACUGGGCUGCCAAGGGACUAUUUUUUCUGAGGGGAGGGGGCGGUUAUACACACUCAGGCUACCAUAAAACCUUGUCAGAAUCUCAUGUGAGACUGAAACAUAAACUCAUUGAGAACAUUGUACCCUUUUGAAAGACUUUGGUGACAAAAAAAAUGAGUACCAUUUUUAAGUGGGCUAUAUAACAACUUUUAAAUUCCACCAUUAUGAAUAAAAAUAAACAAGUUAGCCAUAAUUUUAAGCAGGAAACGAUUUGCAUUAUUUUCACGCACCCCUCCCCCAAUCCCUCUGCCCCCCAAUAUAUAGCGUGACAGUAUGACGUGACUAAUUUUGACGUAACCGGAAAUUCCAAAACCUAUUGUUGUUCUACAAGUAUAAAAUGCGACAGGGUCAGCUACUCGCCACUGGGCUGAUUUACACUAGACAGAAAUAUUGUUUUGUAUGAAAACCAGAAGUUUACUAAAACAGACAGCCAACUGCCCAUUGAUCCCGAUGCAGGGGCGUCACUGUCUGCAACCCUCAGACUUUAAAUAGACGAUACUAAAUUGCGGUCUACAGUCUACAUGAAAACGCACUUUUUUUUCCACAAGAUAAAAAAUAUUCAGCUUUAAGAUUUUCCUCUUGUUUUUUUACUCUAACUUAAAGGAAUAAAAUCCUCGCUUGCAUGUUGCUUUCAUCAGCACGCACUUUAAACAAUGUAAAUAGAUGAAACGAUUGCUAACAUAUUUUUUACCUGAUACCAAUGUGAGUUAAAAAUUCGCUCGAGUUCGCUGUUUGUCUUACCCAUGACUAACUUUUCUUCAUGGCAGAUUUAUAACUAUGCCGCUUUAUAACUCCUCCGAAGUUUUCGUGCCAGCUAGUAAACAAUAUGGAAACACUAUUCACAGUCCUUGGAUAUUAAAUAGACUGAACGUAACGCACUAUGUGCCCUUGUUUACUUCUGAUGACAUGUGCACGAACUCUCUCUUUUCAAGCAAUACGUCUCAGUGCACAAUAAUUGACCCUUACAUUAAGUAUAUAAAACCUUUAGGUUCAUUCAUAUUAAUACUGUUUUUGCCCCUUACAAUUACUGUCUUCAUUCGUAUUCAUGUGUAUUAUGUUUCGAGAUAAAUGGAUUAUACUCUUUUUUAAGUUCCCAUUUUGCGGUGACUUCAGUUUACAUCUCCAUAAAAUGGUACAAGAAACAUCAAGAAACAUCACGCAAGCUGAAAAAAUUACAAAGGCAUGUUUUUUGAAACUCGCUAAUGCUGACAUCAAUAUAUCGUGCUUGCUGAAUGGACGAAAACACAGAAUUGUGUUAACAAGAUCAUGUACAAAUUAAAUGAUAAAAGCUUAGCAAGAUACAGAUACAGACAAAAGCAAACCCCUGAAACCUUGACCUGGGCUACACUUGUAUGCUCUACUCAGUCACCAAACCUUGUCAGUAAUAGCUCCUAUUUUCCUCAAGUUAGUCUUUGUGAAGCUCUCGGAUGGGAUGUCCCGGUGAAGCUUUGAACUUGUGUGCAAAAUUCUCGAAGUGCGUUUUUCUGUCCAUGUCUUCUUUAUCCUCAGUAUCCGAAAUUUAGACCUCCUAAGUGGCGUGUGUUGCAUUAAAUAGAAGGAAAUAUUUAAAGGAAAAGCCAGUCUUCUAACAUGGCAAAGUUGUCACGUCCCUCGCUCAUGGACGUCCAUUUUAUAACAUCAGGUUCAUCUGACAUUCAUCGGCAACUGAGUUGUUCGCCUCACUGAGUACGACAGCUUAAAAUCAAGUAAGUCUUCAGCCAUAGUGUCGUCAACUGGUGAAAUACUUUGCUUAUAAAUUUUGCGUAUUAAUUGCUCAUGUACUAAAUCGAUCAAUAAUUUUCUCUAUGAGUUCACGAAACGACCCCGGCAUUCCAAACCUGACGCUCACAGUCAUCUUUUAGCGUGAACCUACCGUGAACGGUGUGUGGGUUUGUAUGCAACGUGAGCAUUUCUCUGAGUUUCCCAGCGCCAACAUCAUGAUCAACUGACUUAAACUCGAACAAUGACAAAACUUGUAGAGUGACGCCUAUGAUCGAAUCGCUUCGAACAACGCAAAUAGCCUUCUUCAGGUUCGCAGCGCCUUCUGGGUUUCUGGGGGGGGGGGGGCGAAGACAAGGUACAAAAAGUAUUCGUGCAAGAGUCCGUUCAAGGGAAAAUCGUAUGAAACCAUUUGUGAGAACAUCGUUUCUCGGUACCAGACCCUCGUGUCUUCCCUCCCCCAGGGGACCGUUUUUCUGCACAGACGACCGAAAACUGAAUUUCUAACUGGGCAGCCCAGUAAAUAGCAUACUUUUCAAUCUCGUUCCCAGGGACUUCUCAUUUUCAAAUGGCGGCGGCAUAUUGGAAAACGAGAAGACCCUUUAA